AGGGGCUUUUUUGCAAUAAAGAGAAACUCUUGGAAUCUCAAGUGAAAAAGAAUUCUCACCUCUUUCUGGAUAAACCUCGUUGCCACUUACAGUUCCAGUUCGAGGGGUUUAAGGAAAGCUGUAAUCAUCGAAACUAAAAGGCGCCGCCCCACGGCCCUCCGCCGUCGCCCGUCAGUCUGCCGCCGAUCAGUAGCCUUCCGCCGCCCCACGCCCCUCCGCCGUUGAGGUUCAUUGUUUAUAAUCUGUAAAGAAAUGGAAGAAAUUCAUGCUUACAGAAACCCAGAAUCCUUGCCUUAAAAAAAAGUUGCACUCCCUAUUGGGUUAGAAAAUCAUCGGAUAUGGCUACUAGUAUCAUGGCUCCAUUGCUGACCCCCUCGUCUUCUGCCAAUAAGCACAAAAGUUUCGUUACGAGCACGAGGGUAGUGCCCGUACGAGCGAUGAAGGUGGAGAAGCCGUUGGAGGAGCUCUACGGCGUGAAGGUAGAGAGGAAAGUGGCCAAGGAGCGCCUAUCGGAGCUCGGUGUCUCGAGAUGGUCCGUGUGGAAGACGGGCAAGUGCAAGCUCCCGUGGGACUGGCAGGUCGAUCAGCUCGUUUAUAUCGAGGAAGGGGAGGUGAGAGUGGUGCCGGAAGGAAGUAAGCGUUACAUGAGCUUCGUUGCCGGGGACCUCGUUCGUUAUCCCAAGUGGUUCGAAGCCGAUCUCUUCUUCAACGAUUUCUAUCAAGAACGGUAUAGCUUUCGAGCAUAUGGCGAUGAUUAGCAGAUGUUGAUCAUCUUGAUUUGAUUCUCUGUUGAAGGUAGAAAAUAUGUUUGUUGUGUGAUGAAGUCUAGCAAAAAAUCUUUGGAUUUUGAUUUAUAUUUUUCUUGCACUUUAAUGUUGUUAAUCUCUGGUUGUAUAAUUUAUUCAUUUCCAUUAGUUAUUUA